UGUGACCGGUUCACAGGUAACUGUGACGAAGGGUAGGAAACUAUCAUUUUUAGUUGUCGACUAUCAGCUGUUCAUUGAGAAUAUAUUCAUGAUUUGUUAUGCUUGUCCUUACACAAAUGAAUAGUUCAAAAGGUGGGCUGAGACGUGUGUCACCAUCUGAUAUAGAUGUAACCCAAUUCAAAUUGUUACAGGAGCAGCAACAUCUUCAUCUACAGAUGCCACAUUCUCAAUCUCUGCAAUUUCUUCUUGAUCAAUUGCUGCAGCAUCAGAUGUCUGGUCCUGGUUACAGUCAGCACGUAUUCGAUGCUGCUAGAGACAACAGACUUGAUCAGGUUCAGUUACGAAGGCAUAUCUUGAGUGAAUCACAGCAGAAUUCACAUGCUUCAAGUCACCUGGAUUCAUCACUGGAGCAGAUCAUCCAAGAAAAGAUUAACCAGGGUGCACUCCAAGGGCAACAAGAUGAAUUUUUUGAUUUAAUGUCACAGGCAAAGUAUGGCAAUAUGCUUCCUUCGGAGCAUCAGCUUCGUCUUCAACAAGAACAGUUUCAAGUGCAGCAAUUAUCAAUGGCACUGAGGCAACAAUUAGGAAUGGAGGGGGAUAGGAGGCUUGCUGGUUCAUUGUCUGCUGAUGAAGUUCGUCAAUUUGUUGGGAAUCCUAGCAAUCCUCAUCAGGCUCAUUCUGUGGGGUUGAAUGCUUCAGAUAAUUACCAGCAGAGGCUGUCACCUCUUGAAGAUCCUUACUUCAAUAGACAGAAUCAUUCUUUGCAGGACCUACCGGAGCGAGGGAAUUUCGACCCCAACUCUACAGCAUUUGGCAGGUUGAAUCUCCCUGCAGUUGCUCCUGGGAUGAAAGUUCAUCCUGGUGCAACGGAGAGCUUCGACUCUAGGAAAAAUGUGCGGUUAGAAAAUAGUUGGACCAUAAAACAGAUGCAACAUUUAAAUCUUGAAACAGAAUUGCAAAGAAGGAAGUCUGAGGUUGAUUCAAGCACUUGGGCAUCAGCUGGAGGGGUUCAUGAAAACUCUAAGAAAGCUUUAAUGGACCUUCUUCAACAAAAACUUGGUAUUCAAUCUAUGUAAUCAUCAGAAGUAGAUUGUCAACAUUCUACUUCAUCUUCUAAGGGGAGGGAAACCUUUUGCCCUGUUUCCGAGCAGCAAACUUUCAGUUUUCCUUUUAAUCAUUUUCCAAAUCAGGAAGUUCACGUGAAUUACUUAUUUCCGGAAGGCCUUCAAAAUUCUGAUUCAAGUGCCUUGUUGCAAGAUCAUUUGCAUGGAGUUGCUGUGAGUGGUUAUGUCAACCAAAUGGUUAAUUGUGAAAGAUUUCCUCUUAAAG